AUGAGUGGCCUGAACGUCUCCAUUGCUUUUUUUUUCCUGGUUGUUGGGGUGUGCCAGGUGCUCAGGAGGUUUUCCAAGUGGCUUCUGUCUCCUGGAGCAUACGGCUGCCUAGCCAGAGAACUGGCUGGCUCGUUACAGUUGUGCACGAGCUGCCUGGAGCUGAGGAUGCUGCUGGAGAUCGGCCCGUGGGGUGGUGGCUUUGGCCCAGAUGUGGUCCUGACCCUCUUCUUCUUCCUCUUCGCCGUUCACGGCGCCUCUUUCGAUGGAGCAUCUGCCAACCCCACCGUCUCCCUCCAGGAGUUCCUGCUCCUGGAGUCCAACCUCCCCACCACUGCUGCCAAGCUGCUGGCCCAGGGCGCAGGCGUGGGGCUGGGCUGGGCCCUCACGAAGCUCUACUGGUCCUGGGAGCUGACCCAUUUCCACUUCAUCCAGAACCUCAUCUCGUCGGAGUGCAGCUCCUCCAUCCACACCUCUCUGCACCACGCGGCCUUCGUGGAAGGCACCUGCUCUUUCUUCCUCCACCUCAUCCUCCUCAGGCUGCGACAGAGACACCUGAUGUUCCGAGUCCCCGUGCUGGCAGCCACUGUCACCUUCCUGACCUAUGCAGCUGGACCCUUCACAGGAGCCUUCUUCAACCCUGCCCUGGCCACAGCCACCACCUUCCACUGCUCGGGGAGCAGCUUUUGGGACUACGUCUGGGUUUACUGGCUGGGGCCCUUUGCAGGGAUGUUCACUGCCCUCUUGCUGCACCAAGGCAACAUCCCACGGCUCUUCCAGAAAAACCUCCUUUACAGCCAGAAAAGCAAAUACAAGAUACCCAAGGCAAGGGUGGAAGCACGUGUGGAGGGUAAGAAAGGAGGGCAGCAGAGCAAAGGGCAGAAGAGCAAUGCUGAGCCACACGCCUGA